AGGCGAUUGGCUCCCGUUUUGAUAAAGUCUCUUCCCUCUCUCAGUGUGUGUGUGUGUGUGUGUGUGUGUGUGUGUGUGUGUGUCUGUGUCUGUGUUUCAUACAGUCUAUGGGCUGCUGGUAUUUAUAUAUCAGGGGCUUUCACGGGAUUAGCCCAGUAACUUCAUAACACCGCCAAGUCCAAAUGUGCUGGCUGAAUGGGCGUCCGCCUGGCCACGUGUAGAUGGGAAGUGUAUGUUAUUUAAUGAUGAUGAUGAUGAUGAUUAACAAAUUUUGUUAUAGAAUGAGAAAAUGACAACAACAACAACAACAAAAAACACCAGAAUAGCAUCAACAUUUAAAGUCAUUUAUCACCUACACUGGUAUGAAUCGCACUAAUUGGCGCGAACGUUUCCUCCUCUCUAUACAAUCAGUCCAUCACUUCACGUCACCUGUUACCCAGCUGACACUUCUCCACCCUCAAUCACCCACCUUGAAAAUUAAAGUCGCAUUUGUUUGAUUAGACAUGUGUACUUUGCCUUAACGCGUCACAAUCUUUGGGGAAUUAUAGGUUAAAAAAAAAAAUAUUAAAAAGUGCUGGCAUAUCAGCUCAAACUCAUUAAAAGUCCUCCUUCAGAAAUUUUAGGCAAAUGAGAGUCUUAUCAGAUUUAAAAAAAAAAAAAAAAAAAAAAAAAAAAAAAAAACACUACAUGAGUGCUGGCUGAGAACGACUAAGGGGUCCAAACGCAAAGUGAGGAGAGAUAUCCAGUUAAGCACCCAGAUAAAGUAAUCCGUCGUCAACAAACUGAGUCUGCGUGGUUAACUGAGGCUCCGGUGGGCUUGAUUUAAUGGAUAUUUGAACCUCAACUCUGCGGAGAUCAAGAGGAUCGCUUCAUUUGACAACCAGUAUGACUGACAAUGAUUUUCCUGAGCAUAUGGGCUGCAUACGGGGAUGUAGCGGAGAGUAAACCACUUUAGGUCAGUUUGAUCACGUAUUUGGACCGUAUGAUGGAAAUGCACUACAGACAUCUCCCCAAGUAUCAAGUUGGAUAUGAGGAUUACCUUCGAAGUGGGACAAUGCUUAAAUUCAAUUUGCUGUUGGUUGUUUGCCACCUUUUUACCUCUAGUUACUUCGCUGCAUUUGAAUGAAUACAUGAUACUAAAAUUCUACAUCCCCGUGCAGCACGCGUGUAUGAGCUGCACAUGUGCUCCUUUUAACAAACUGUAGGCUACAAUGUCUGGCAGUUAGCGUCGGGUGACAAGUGCGCACAGUUUUGGAGCAGGCUGGCACCCCCCUCCUAUUGAAGUUACAUUAUUUUUUUUUCUUUAAUUGCGUGUCCACAACAAGCACAGUAUCACUGUGUUGAAUAGUAGGUUGGUGUGUUUGCAGUGUGCAUCUUUUUUUCCAAUACAAUCCACUCGGUGGCUCGCUUUAUCCACAUUGAGUCCCUGAGUAAACUGCGGUGACAGAGCCUGCGAGCAUGCGGCUCAGCUUGGGUAUCAAUAGAACGGCAUCGUUUUACUGGGCCACUGGACCCAUCUCAUAAAAUGAGGCCAAACUGUGUUAUUUUCAUUUUUAUUUGGUCUUGGGCUGCUGCGCAACGGAGCGCCGCGGGUACACCGUGCGUCCCAUCUCUCUUUACAUGCUUUUAUUUGGAAGAGAAAAAUAAGCCCCAGCCCCGGCGUAAACACAUUGGCACACAUAUCUCGUUUCUGCAAGCUCCGGUUGGUUGGGCACACCGUCAUAUCCACAUGGAUGUGGCUGUCAGAGAGAAUAUGGGCGGGCGCAACAUGGUGACGUGGAGGUCUAGAGAGAGGCGCAGUUGGACAGGCAGUGAGCAGGCAACAGCUGAAAUGAACAGAGAGCGGUGUAGUGUGUGUUUGCCUCUGGAUCUAAUAUCACCUACCUGCCCUUGUCACUCUGAUAGUUAGCCGAGGUAGCCGCUGUUUACCGCCGAUGCUAGUAUGGCAGCACUCACUGGCCUAUUUUAAAGCAUUUUCCAGUUAAAACAAAGAAGUUUUCAUCUCAUCCGCAACAGGAACCGUUCUGCUGUGUGUUUUUUUUUUUUUUUUUUUUUUUGGAGAACUGUACACAUUCCGCCGACGGACUUUCCGCUUAUCCUUGUUGUACUAAAGGGGACUUAAUCUGCUUUUGACAGCCAGUUUUGCCAGUUUUUUUUUUACCGAUGAACUCUAUGAGGGAUCCAUUAAACAUAGACCAUCACCACUUAACAGGGAAUAAACUUGCCUCCACACACCACACGGCUUUGGCGAUGGCCUCUAGUUUACAGCCGCUGCAGCGGUCUGUGGACUCUAAACACCGGUUGGAGGUGCACACGGUCUCGGACACGUCCAGUCCGGAGUCUGUCGAAAAAGAAAAGGUCCAAAAUAAAAAUGACGACUCUUCAGACGACCCUAAGAAGAAGCGGCAGCGGCGGCAGAGGACUCACUUCACCAGCCAGCAGCUGCAGGAACUGGAGGCCACUUUUCAGCGGAAUCGCUAUCCGGACAUGAGCACAAGGGAGGAGAUAGCCGUGUGGACCAACCUCACAGAGGCCCGGGUCAGGGUUUGGUUCAAGAACCGGCGAGCCAAGUGGAGGAAACGGGAAAGAAACCAACAAGCCGAGCUUUGCAAAAACGGCUUCGGCCCGCAGUUCAAUGGACUCAUGCAGCCCUACGAGGACAUGUACCCCAGCUACACGUACAACAACUGGGCCGCCAAGGGCCUCACGCCGGCCUCCUUAUCCACCAAAAGCUUCCCCUUCUUCAACUCCAUGAAUGUCAACCCCUUAUCCUCGCAGACCAUGUUCUCGCCGCCCAACUCCAUAUCCUCCAUGACUUCCAGCAUGGUGCCAUCGGCGGUCACCGGCGUGCCGGGCUCCAGCCUCAAUAGCCUCAAUAACUUGAACAACCUCAGUAACCCGUCUCUCAACUCGGGGGUGCCCACGUCGGCGUGCCCCUACGCGCCUCCGACCCCUCCUUACGUGUACAGGGACACUUGUAACUCCAGCCUGGCCAGCCUGAGACUGAAAGCCAAGCAGCACUCGAGUUUUGGAUACGCCAGUGUUCAGAAUCCGGCCACUAAUCUGAGCGCUUGCCAGUACGCCGUGGACAGACCAGUCUAAUACCUACCUGCACUGCAAAAAGACCACCAUAGCAAGUCAUUAGAGGCUAGUAGUGACGCUUAAAGUGUUGUUUUUCUCUAAAGGGAGUGAGCAAAUCUGGCGGUGAGAUAAUUGUACUUUUUCAUGUGUUUCAGGAAAUGUCUUGAUCAUAUGGCAUUUUCUUGAUACUAGUUGGAGUGUGAUUUGCAGCAUUCUGACUUUGUCCUCAAGAUAUUGCCACUUGUGCCAUGAACUUUUCCAAACAUAUCUAGAAACAAGUGAGAUUAUUCCAUCGCACCAUGUUGAUACAUUUAUUUUUGGAGGGGGGGUAAAUGUGAUUUUAGGUGAUUACAAGACCAAAUGGCAUGUUAUGGUGGUCAUUUUUUUGCAGUGUAUGGGUAAUCACAAACAGCCGGCCACAGGAACAAGAGACUACUACAACUACUUUUUCAUUUUUCAAAAAGGGCACUAUAAGACUGAACCACUGAAACAAGCUCAACUCCAGGUCGGAGUCAAACUGAAACGGGAGAUUUUAGGUUUAUUCCCCUUUGAUGAGUCCAGGCCUGCCUCACACUGCGCCACAGUAGAAGGCCUGUUUCAUUUUUCAUAGCUCCUCGUGAGGGUUUUUUUUUUCUGGUGGAUUUUGGACUUUAAUUGUUGACUGAAAAGGUUGUAUAUAUUUGAAUUAUCAUCUCCUGUUUGUCGAGGCGAAUGCGCUAUAAUCCUCCAGUCCUGUCCAGGUUCAAUAUAUCAACGCAUGUGGAAAAAAAAACUAAAAAAAAGGAAUCAUGUUUUGCUUGCAAACAAAAGGGAAUGUACAUACUAAAACGCACCAGUUGUGUGUUUCUAACAUAUUAUAAAUUUAUUAUUAAUGUCUGUGUGAAUAUCGAUUUAGAAUAGCAAUUCUGGAUUUUAAAAGAAAAAGCAUCAAAAAUGUUCCUGCGACAAAUUAUUUGGUUUUUGCUCUGUGUAUACUAUUUGGUACGGAACUGUUUUUUUUUCCAACAUCCAAAAAAACUAUUGUGUUUUAUUUAAUGGAAGUAAAUAUAUUGUUCAAAAACA